UUAAUGCAUUCUGUGCUUUGCAUCAUGUAUAUAUCACUUUGGCCCAAUGUUGUCGAACAGGCCAAGCCUGGCUCACAGGUGGACGAGCAAUAAGAUUGGAAACUGCAAACAGGAACCUUACCCGACGAGAGAUGAAUGCGUUUUUACGUGCUGCGAGGUGGCCCCUGAGCAGGAUCAUUGGGUGCAGACAACAGAUCGACUGUGCACGGCACAUGUGCUGAUUGUUGGCAAGGGCAUAUGUUCACAUUGGGCAAGCCUUUGGAUUUUUGAUACCGGUGAGGUAUGGUGUGUGGAGUUGUCAGCAAUCGACCAAGAGACUGGCGAGCGCUGGGGAGAAAACCAAUGUAUUGUGGAGCUUUUGAAAAUGCCAUCUGCUGCGGAAAAGACAGAAGACGGCUUCGUUCAACUUCAGCAAUCUGAGCCGAGCAUGGGUCGAAUGGAAAAGGUUCAGCGAGCAAUUGACUCUAUUUGGCCACAUAUGAGAGCUGGGUUGAACAGGAUAGUGAGUUGCAUUGAUUGUAUGCUGUCUGCGCAACAUUCCAAAGAAGAAAUCCAAGCGGCCAUGGACAGCAUUUGGUGCAUGAUGUCUACCGAUGAUGUGCAGCAUAUGGCUGAAAUUCUUCUCUUAAUUUUUGUCGAAUCUGGACUUGCUGCGUGGCCGUCUCAACACCGCGAACUAGUGAAGGUAGAGAUUGAACAGAUUGAAUCUGCGCUGAAGUACAUCUGGCCAAUACCAUCCAACAGCGAGCUUGAGCGGGCCAAAGCACGCCUCCUCCAAGGUAUCAUUGACG